ACAAUGUCCCAUUUAGCCUUUCUUUCACUAAUUUUCACCAUUUUCAUCUCUACUUCUAACGCCAUUUCUCAAUGUAACGGCCCUUGUAAAACCUUGGACGAUUGUGAUGGUCAAUUAAUUUGCAUAAAUGGAAAAUGUAACGAUGAUCCUAACGUUGGAACCAAAAUUUGCAAAAAUAACCCUCCUUCUGUCCCUUUUCCUCCUCCUCCUCCUCCAACAACAACCAAUACAUGUCGUCCGUUUGGCACAGUCAAUUGCAACGGUAUACACCCAAUAUACCGUUGUUCGCCACCUGUCACCUCCUUAACACCCGCUCAACUUACCCUCAACGAGUUCGAUAUUGGUAAAUCAUGUGAUGGGAAAUAUCAUAACAAUAAUGAAAGAAUAGUGGCAUUGUCCACCGGAUGGUUUGCAGGACGUUCGAGGUGUGGUAAAAUGAUACUAAUUCGUGCUAAUAAUGGAAAGACUGUUACAGCUAAAGUGGUGGAUGAAUGUGAUUCUACUAUGGGUUGUGAUGCGGAACAUGCUUUUCAAAGUCCAUGUAAAAAUAACAUAGUGGAUGGUUCCAUUGCGGUGUGGAGAGCUUUAGGGUUGGAUACAAAUUUGGAUAAUGUUACUGUCACUUGGUCCAUGGUCUAG